AUGGACGAAUAUUUCGUGAGACUUCUUAUUGAUGGCGGAGCCAACGUCAACGUACGAGAUGAUAUGGGAUAUACACCUUUGUUAACCGCCACGGAAAGAGCGAGUAGUGAAGCCAUCGUGAGACUUCUUAUUGACGGAGGAGCCGACGUCAACGCAAAAGAUGGGUUUGGAAACACGCCUCUGUUAAUUGCUGCGAUAAGAGCGGAUAGUGAAGCUAUUCUGGAACUUCUUGUUGAUCAAGGAGCCGAUGUCAACGCAAGAAAUUAUUCUCAACAUACAGCUCUGAUCACAGCCAUGGAAAGAGCUGAUGGUGAAGCCGUCGUGAGACUUCUUCUUGAUCGAGGAGACAACGUCAUCGCAAGGGACAUGAAAGGAGUGACAGCAAUCGGACUAGGAGCGGACGGCGGAGCUACCGAGGAACUUCUCAUUGACAAUGGAGUCACAGAUCUAUUCAAUCCAUACAUAUGA